AUGGAUAUUGAACAAAAACAAUUUUUUACAGAAAUUUCAGAUUUAUUUAAAUCCAAUCUUCUAAUUAAAGCUAUUAGAUUAAUUAAUAAAAAAUUAACAACAAUAACAGAUAAUAAUGAAUUUAAAUAUAAAUUAAUUUUAAUUUUAGGUAAAUUAUGUUUAAAAGGUAGAAAUGUUGAUACAAUUAUACCAAUGAUUGAAAAUGAAUUAAAAACCAAUGAAAUCAAAGGAUCAAUUAAAUUUAAUUUAAUGUCAUUACUUUAUAGAUGUUAUUAUUUAAAAUCAUCAAGUGGAUCAAAAUCUGUAACAAAUAAUUAUCAAUAUAAGAGUAAAACUACAACUAAUCAUCCCGAAACAAUGCAAAUAAUGAAUCAAAGUGAUAAUAUCUCUGAUAUGGUAUUAAGUAGAAAUAGAUCUGUUUCAGUUCAAUUUGAAAAUGAAACUUUAGAACAAAGAGAAUCGAAAAGAAUUAAAUUUACAACCACCAAUACUGAUGAUGAAAGUUGUGAUGACCAGAAAGGAGUUAAUGGUGACGAAAAAAAUUCAGUAUAUAAUUUUUAUGACGAUUUAAAUUUUCAAUAUUAUUUAUUCUCAAGUGAUUUAUUUGUUAGAGAUAGAAUUUUUAAAUUUAAAACACCAAUUAAAUCAAUUUCAUGUGGUCGUUAUUUUAGUUCGAUUUUAGAUAGUAAUGGUAUGGUUUGGAAUUGGGGUUUAUUUUUUGAAGUUUGUUCAAAUGGUCAAGCAUCGCCAACUCAUCCAUACCCAAUGAAAAAACCAAUUAAAAAAAUUGCAUCUGGUCAUCACCAUUGUAUCGCUUUGGCAACCGAUGGCUCUGUUUAUGGUUGGGGUGCCAAUACAUUUAACUCAAUCGGUAUAGUUACUUCAAAUAAUGGAAAUAUUAAAACACCAACACCAAUUGAAUUUAUAAAUUAUAAUGGUGAAAUUAAUAAUAAUAAUAAUAGUAAUAAUUAUUAUAUUAAUGAUUAUACUAGAAAUAAUAAUGAAAAUGAUUCUGAAAUUUUAAAAAUUUCAGCAGGUGGUUUUAAUAGUGCAUUCAUUACAAAGAAUGGUAACCUAUUUGUUUGUGGUAGAAAUGAUCGUUUUCAACUUGGUAUUGAAGAAACUACAGCCUCACCACCACCACUAUUCACAAUUGAACCGGAUAAAAAGUAUUUGCCAUCAAUAUUGGUUGCAUCCUCAUCAAUAACUAGAGAUUAUUCAUAUUUAAUUAAUAAUAAACAAUUUUCAGAUUUACAUAUUACAUUUGGUAAAGAUAAAAAUACUGAAGAAAUAGCUUAUUGUCAUUUAAUACUUUUAACAAUUUUAGAAAAUGAUGAAUUAUUAAAUCAAUUAAUUCAAUUAAAAUUAAAAUCAAUUAAUAAAAUCGUUAAAAUUGAUAUUAUUGAAUUUUUAAAUUUAGUAAUUAAAACAAAGAAUUAUAAUGGUAAAGGUGAUGAUGAUGAUGAUUUUAAUAAAGAAUCAAAUAAAAAAAUAAUACUUGAUCAAUUAAUUGAAGAGAAUCAAUUAUUUUCAAAUUCAUUCAUUGAUUUCAUUUCAUUCAUUUAUACAAAUACAACUUCAAAAAGAAAUAUGAAAAUACUUUUUCAAUAUUCUAAACUUUUCAAUUGUAAACAAUUAACAAAUUAUUUAAAUGAAACUUCAUUCAAUAUAAUUCAAGAGGAAUCAGAUUUAUCAAUACCAAGUAAAUUAUUAAAAAGAUUUAAUAAUGAUGAUGAUAAUUUAUCCGAUUGUACAAUCAUUUCAAAUGAUGGUAAAAUUAAAAUUAAAGCUCAUAAAUCAAUUUUAAUUUCACGUUUAAAUUAUUUUAAAAAUUUAUUAUUAGUUGAUCAAAUAGAUAAUUCAAAUGAUUCAAAUGAUUCAAAUGAAAUUAAAUUAAAUGAUAAAACAAUACCAGAUAAUCAUUUAAUAUUAAUUAUUGCAUAUUUAUAUUGUGAUCGUAUUAAAUUUGAUUUAUUACCACAAGAAAUUGUAACUGGUGAUUUUGUUUUAUCAUUAUGUUCAACUAGUGAUCAAUUAAAGUUGACAAGAUUUAAAGAUGGUUUAUUGAAAUUAAUUUCAAAUUCUAUUACUAAAGAGAAUGCAAUCUCUUUACUUUUAUGGUCAAAAAAUAAUUCUUACUCAUUAGAAAGAUUCAUUAAAUGUUUCAUUAGUUUACAUGUUGAAUUUAUUAAUUCUGAACAUUAUGAUCCAACUUUUUUACCAUUCCCUUUAAAUCAAUCCCCUGCUAAUCAACAAACUCCAACACAUGUUGCAAAACAUGAAAAAUUCGUUGACGUUGCUGUUGGUGCAAAAUUAAUGUUGGCUUUAACUGUUGAUAAUAAACUUUAUCAAUUGGGCAUUGGUAGUGACAGAUCUAGAAAACCAAUUCAACAAAUCACUUUACCAUUCCCUGAUGAAAAUACAAUUAUUAAGAAAAUAUCUUGUGGUAGUAGUCAUUGGAUAGCUGUUACUGAAAAUAAUAAAAUCUAUGGUAUGGGUUGUGCUGAUCUAAAUCAAUUAGUUGAAGGUUCUAGAAAAUUUUGUUAUAACCCAACUUUAAUCUCUGAUUCUAAUAAAUAUAAUAAUGCAAAAGCUGGUUUCUAUGCUUCAAUGUAUUGGAACGAUUUAUCAAAUUUCCCUUUACAUCCAAAUGGUUUAAAUAAUAAUAAUAACGAUAAUAAUAAUAAUAAUUCAUUAAAAGUUGAUAAACCAAUUACAAUUGAAGUUUAUAAUUCAUCAUCAUCAUCCUUAUGGUUUUUCAAAAAUUAUGAUUUUAUUGAUUCAUUAUUAAAAAAUAAACUUUCAGGUAGUGAUGAUGAGAAACAACAAGAACAAGAAAAUUCAAAUGAUGAAUUUACAAAAUCAAUUAUUUCUACAACUAGUGCAUGUUUACCACCAUAUUUAUAUGAAUUAAUUUCAAAUAAAGAAAAUGGAAAUGAUAAUACAAUUCAAUUAUUUGGUUUCUCAAAAGAGUUAAUUGAAAAAUCUUUCUUAAAAACUACUAAAGAUUUAAAUAUUAAUUCUGGUGAUGAAAUUUUAGAUUUAUUAUUCUUAACAACUAGUUUUGGUAAUUAUAAACUUACAAAUGAAUUAUUUGGAAUUCUAAAGAAAUCAAUUGAUUUGAAACAAGCUUGUAUACUAUUUACUCUUAUUCACAAAUCAAAAUAUUCUUUACAAUUAGCAUUUUUAUUCAAUUAUUUAUUAGGUUAUAUUGGUAAAAAUAGAUUAAAAAUUUUACAAGAUACUGAAUUAUUUAAUUCAAUUCCAAUUUCUUUAUUAGAUUUAAUUUCUUCAAAAUAA